AUGGAAAGAACUAAUGACAAUGAGAAAAAUUACGCUCUUGAUGGAAAUAAAACUAUAGGUGAUGAAUAUGAAGUGUUCGAUUUUCAAAAAUUUGUUGAGAUUGGAGAUGCAAAUGGAAUGUACGAUCUUGGUUAUC